AUGGAGAGCGAUGGGGAAGGAGAGCCCGACUGUCCGAACAUCCGCAUCACUCGUGAUACGAAGCAGCGGCUGGGGAAUGAGUGGCGUAGGGCCAUUAUUGUUCGGAUCCUAGGUCGAUCCUUUCCCUUCCUCUUCCUCCAGCGAAGGCUUCAAUACCUAUGGGCUAAGACCGGAACGAUUACGGUUGCAAGCAUGGGACAAGGGUUCUACUCCGUUCGUUUCACCACGGAACGGGACUAUGACAGAGCUCUAUACGAAGGCCCAUGGAUGGUCGAGGACCAUUACGUCCUCACACGCCGUUGGAAGAGAGGAUUUGAUCCUGAGGAGGGCGAUGACGUCCUAACCAACCUGCUUGUGUGGGUUCGGCUGCCCAAGCUUCCCAUGGACUACUAUGACUCUGAAAUUUUAAAAGACAUUGGGAAUUCCAUAGGGCGCUAUAUCAAGAUGGAUGCAGCAACACGUGAUGCUUCGCGGGGACAUUAUGCAAGGAUAUGCGUGGAGGUGGACCUCUCCAAACCAUUGAUCGUCAAAUAUCGGUUGGAAAGGCGCAUUCGUCGUUUGCAAUAUGAGGGUCUCCAUAACGUGUGUUUUGAAUGCGGGCGAUUCGGUCACGCUGCUGAAGCUUGCCCUAAGAAUGCGUCUCCAUCCCCUACGGACGAGGACUUCCGCCAAGCCCAAAACCCAGCCACUCAACGGAAAAUUGAGGAGGAACGGCCAGAGAUCUUUGAAGAUUUUGGUCCUUGGAUGCUGGCAUCCCGCAACCGGAAGCGCAACCCUCGUACUUCGGCAGCAACCAAUGGUACACCAAGGAAUGCCAAUAAUGUGCUAUCCGCACCAACCCACUCAGGGUCUCGUUUUGCCGUGCUUAACGACCUUAAUGAUGAGCUGAUGGAGCACCCGAGUUCACUCGCCCUGGCGGCCAAGAAGGGUGUAGAUGGAAGCGCCGAGGACAGUGACACAGUCAUGGCUGAGGAGAUAGGGGAGGCCUCAAUUACGGGUGUUGUUUCGCAAGCUAUCAACCAAACAAACCCUCUUCUAGCUCCUCAUCCAAGCAUAGCGCCAGAAAAGUCAAACAAGGGGAAGCCAAAUGGAGAGGGUACAGUGGCGGGUAUUGAUGGCGAGGUGACUGGCAAGGCGGGGAUAGAAAAGAGUGUUGGGGCUACAACAAAAGGAGGAAAACAGACUGGUACAGACAAGACUCACAAUAAGAACAAGGGAGGUGAUAAGACCGAGGCCAAGAAACAAGCGAAACAGCAUGCUAAGGGGCCGCGCCAACCACUCCCAUCCACUCCUCCCUUUUCUAGUCGGGCGAGCCAGUCCACAGGAAGGAAAGGGGCGGCACGGAGCUUGGACUUAAACGACACUCCUGAGGCAGUGGGAAACACUCACCAGAUCCCUCCUGCUACUUUGUCGUCCGCAGUAGAGGACGUUAGGUUCAUGGUGAGUGAAGCGGAGUCGAAGAAAGGGGUGCAGGCCACGUCUAACUUGGACGUGCAUGCAUGCAACAAGCGUUGA